ACCCAAACAACCAAUCAGAAGAGCCCGGGGGAUUUUCUUUUUUUUUCCUGAGCAGGAAUCUUCUUCCAUUUUCCACGUGGAAAGCAGAGAGUGAAGAGCUUGGGAGGAAGCUGGAGCACCCACGUUGACUUGAGCCUCUUUGUCCCAAGAGAGAAGAUUGGGCUUGUGUGUAUUGUUCCCUGCAACGUGGGAACUCCAUGCCGAAGAGAUGGAAAAUCCUCCCACUGGAGAAGCUGUGCCUGCAGGAGCUGGCUUGGAGGACAAGUCCUUACUGGAUCAUAGACUAUAAACAGGAUGACCUGGCUUUCUUCCAUGUCCAGGAUCUAAUCUGUUUACUGGGGCAGAACAAGAAUUUCAUCCCUCCAAUGUUGCAUUUGCUCCUUGUGCCUCAACUGAGAGACAUCAAUCUGUCAACUUGCCAAAAUAUCGUCACUAGGAGUAUCGCCUUGACAAUGAGGGUGCAAUGCAGGAAUCUGUUGUCACUAAAUCUCCAUGGCUGCAAGCAACUUCCUGCAGAUGCUCUGGCUCGCCUGGUGGAAAGUUUGCCACGACUCAUCAGACUAGACCUUUCAAAGACCCUAUGUGACACGCAAGUGUUAUCCGCCAUAGGCUCUUCUUGUAGACAGCUCCGUGAACUGAACCUCUCCCAGUGCAGGACCUUGUCUUUGACAUCCCUCCUCUACUUGGCUUAUGACCCCCGCCGGAGAUUGUUUGGCUGCCAGUCAUUGCAGAAACUCUGCAUUUUUGGGCUAAAGGCUCCCAAAGGCCACUUAUGGGCUCUCCUCUUUGUGCUGAUGGCAUUGCCCAGGCUCAUGUUUUUGUUGAACAGUUCCAUCUCAAGUGUGUUGCAUCUGAUCUACAAGCAGCAGUUCGACCAUUCCCGGUUGCCUCCUGGAUUUCCCUCUCUAGCAGAACUAUUCCAACACAGAAUGAAAGCCCGCAGAGAAGAGGACAUCUCCAGACUUACUCUGCUCCUCAGGGAAAUAAUUGUGGUGCGUGAAUCUGUCUUGUCUGUAAUCAACAUAAUGUGCCCCUAUAUGGAAAAAGCGACGGUCUUUCUAGACGACCGACCUCUCUUGGCCUACAGCUUCCUCUCUUGGCGCCACCUCACACACUUGACCAUCAUCUGUGACAAACACAGAAAUCUGAGUGACCUUUUGCCAAUGAUGGCAAGCCUUGGGGCUCAGCUUCAUGGCCUCAUAAUCCGUCACUUCUUCUUGGCUGAAGAGUCCUCUUUCCAUGUUCUGCUGAGCUAUUGCACAAACCUCCAGGAAUUUGAAGGUUUAUUCCUCCCUCCCAGGACAUCUGUCUGUGGCCGACAGGAAGACAUUGACACCUUGGACUGGGAUUUCAGCCUACCCUGCUUUGAAUUUCCUCAGCUUUCUUUGUUUACCCUGGAGUACCCUGAUGCAGAGAUUCCCUUGCCUUUCCGUCAUGCCAUGGUGCUGAGACAAAGCCUUGUAAAUGUGCUAAAAGAGUCUCCUGGUCUGAAAUACCUGACACUGCGCCGGCUGCCUUUUUCCCUGGACAGGGUGUUUGAGAGGGUGCUGAAAUCUCCGAGCACAGCUUUGAGGCACAUUGAUGAGCUGGUGUUCUCUCAAAUCAGGGUUUCUGUGCAGGUUGUUAACCUGAUUUUGUCCUCUGAGAAUGAACUGAGCUACUUGUGUCUGCUGAAAUGCCCAGGUAUUAGUGAAACAGACUAUAAUGAGUUCACCAGGAAAGUCGACACGGAGGGUUUUGAUGUGGAGAUUAUGUGGAAAUCAAGUUAUACCUCAGAAUGAAAAGUAUUUGUAACUAUGUUUUUUUCUGUACCUGUUUAAAUAAUAAAAAAACCAUAUUUCUGUUGUGGUUUCCUAAAGGCAGAA